CGCCCCAUGGCCGCCAGUCGUCGUCCCAGCGCGUUCCAGUUCGCCGCAACCGCCACGGCGGCGUCAGUGAUGGUCCUAUCAUCGCUUCUCGCGAGCCCCGCCUACUGCGCCGACGACGGGGCUCCGGAUCAGCUGGAGUCCGUGAUCGGGCACCCGCAGCGGCGGAACGGCACCACCACCGGCGGCAGGAGGGGCCUCCGGGCGCCGGCGCGGGGCUACGGCUGGUCCUACGGCGGCGCCACCUGGUACGGCAGCCCCUACGGCGCCGGCAGCGACGGUGGCGCGUGCGGUUACCAGGGCGCCGUCAGCCAGCGCCCCUUCCGGUCCAUGAUCGCCGCCGGCGGGCCGUCCCUCUUCAAGAACGGCAAAGGGUGCGGCGCGUGCUACCAGAUCAAGUGCGCCGGCAACAGGGCCUGCUCCGGCCGGCCGGUCACCGUCACCAUCACCGACUCCUGCCCCGGCGGUGCCUGCCUCGCCGAGUCGGCGCACUUCGACAUGAGCGGCACGGCCUUCGGCGCCAUGGCCAACCGCGGCAUGGCCGACCGCCUCCGCUCCGCCGGAAUCCUCAAGAUACAAUACAAGAGGGUUCCGUGCAACUACAACGGCGAGACCAUCAACUUCAAGGUGGACGCCGGGUCCAACCCCUACUACCUCGCCGUGCUGGUCAUGUACGUGGGCGGCGACGGCGACGUCGCCAAGGUGGACGUCAUGCAGGCCGGCUGCAACUCGUGGACGCCGAUGCAGCAGUCGUGGGGCGCCGUGUGGCGCGUCAACUCCAACGACGGCAAGCCGCUGCGCGCGCCCUUCUCGGUCCGCAUCACCUCGGCCUCCGGCAAGGUGCUCGUCGCCAGGAACGCCAUCCCCGCCGGCUGGGGCGCCGGGGCGACCUACAGGUCCACGGUGAACUACGGCUACUGAUCCAGGCGCGCGGCAGGUCCAAGUUUGGGAGGGGUCUUGCCUAGUCAGAGUUGUGGAAAGAGUUUAGUGUGUACUGUGCGUCCGGGAAACGCCAGAGUCCGCGUUAGAAGAGGAGGUUCGGUAGGGUACGUGUUCUUCCCUGCACGGUCUUAUUGGAGUGUUUUCCCUAGUGAUGUUCCGGUGUGUCCAGUGCAGAAACUGCAGAGCUGGAGUUACAGCACCACCAAGUGUGUGCUGAUCGAUGUACCAAAGUAUUGUUAAGAACUCUCUCCUACUCCUAGCUUUCGUUUGGAGCAAAGACAUGGCAC